GAUCUGAUCAAGACACUGAGUCAGCACAUAGUGGCGGUUUUUUUCUUUUUGGUGGGGCUAGAUCUCAAUCCUUAAAAAAAAUACUAAUUAACGCUCCUGCGGUGCCGGACCGGCCGGGUUGCAGCCAGAGAUGCCAUUGGACCGACCGUGACCACUUCAAAUGGGCCGAGCAAACACCGAGCCGAUCGACAUUGGAUUUGCGCGCGCGCGCGUUGGACCUUGGACGUACGUUUGAGGUUUGCCCCGGUGAGGUGAAGCCAUGGACGCCGCGGCGGCGCACGUCCUGGUGUUCCCCUGGCCGCGGCAGGGGCACAUCAACCCCAUGCUCCACCUCGCCUCCGCGCUCCUCGACGCCGGCCUCCGUGUCACCUUCCUCCACACCGACCACACCCUCCGCCGACUCGCCCACGUGCCCCCACCGCCGCGCCCGAUGCGCGUGCUCUCCGUCCCCGACGGCCUCCCCGACGACCACCCCCGCGGCUUCCUGGACCUCAUGGCGUCCAUGUGCGCCACCACUGGCCCCGCCUACAGCGCCCUGCUCUCGUCGCUUCUAUCUUCUGCCGACGAGCCAACAACGGUGACGUGCGUCGUCGCCGACGGCACCAUGCCGUUCGCCGUCCAGGUCGCCGAGGAGCUCGGCGUCCCGGCGCUCGCCUUCGCCGCGCACAGCGCUUGCAGCUACCUGGCGCUGCUCUGCACGCCCCGGCUCGACGAGCUCGGCGAGACCGCCUUCCCGGCAGACGACCCGGUCCGCGGCGUCCCCGGGAUGGAGGGCUUCCUCCGGCGGCGAGACCUGCCCCGCGGGCUCCGCUGCGCCGAGCAGGGCGGCUCGGACCCGAUGGUGCUCAAGGUGGCCGAGGCGAUCGCCCGUAGCUGCAAAGCGGCACGCGCGCUCGUGCUCAACACCGCCGCGUCCAUGGAGCGGCCGGCGCUGGCCCGCAUCGCGUCGCGCACAGCCACCGACGUCUUCGCCGUAGGCCCGCUGCACGCCGCCAGCUCGUCGAGGUCCGCCGCAAGCUCAAACACAAGCCUCUGGCAGGAGGACGAGGGGUGCAUGGUAUGGCUGGACGGCCGGGAGGACCGGUCCGUCGUGUACGUGAGCCUGGGGAGCCUCGCGGUGAUCACGCACGGGCAGUUCACCGAGUUCCUCGCCGGCCUCGCGGCCACCGGGCGCGCCUUCCUCUGGGUGCUCCGGCCGGACCUGGUCCGCCCGGCCAGCCCUGGGCUGCUGCUCCGGGAAGCCGUCGCGGCGGCGGCAGGAGGAGUUGACAGGGCGCGCGUCGUGGAGUGGGCACCUCAGCGGGACGUGCUCCGGCACCGGGCGGUGGGCUGCUUCCUGACGCACGCCGGCUGGAACUCGACUCUGGAGUGCGCCGCCGAGGGCGUGCCCAUGGUGUGCUGGCCCUUCUUCGCCGACCAGCAGACCAACAGCCGGUUCGUGGGAGCCGUGUGGGGCACGGGGCUGGACAUGAAGGACGUCUGCGACAGGGGCGUCGUGGAGAGCACGGCGAGGGAGGCCAUGGCGUCCGGCGAGAUCAGGGCGGCGGCCGGAGCCAUGGCGCGGCAGCUGAGGCUCGACGUCACGGAGACGGGGUCGUCGUCGUCCGAGCUGGAGCGGCUCGUCCGCUUCAUCAGGGAGCUCAGUGUCAAGCCCAGAAAUAAAAUCAAUGAAGACUAGCACAGCAGGCUGAAAUGCUCUUCUUCGAAUGUUGCUGCAGUACACCAAACAUAAUCACAAGGAGGUUAACAAAACCGAUAUAUUAGUAAUACAAAAUUCCCACUUAAGAUCA